AUUGUGCUGCGCUGAACAGAGCUGCUUCAAUCCACAGCUGGAAUAUAGCCUCUUCAUAUCUGCUGAUAUUUAAUCUCAUCUAUAGCAUUCAUCAGGUUUGUUGUGUAGCGCAGGCGCCCCCUGUUGAAGGCUGAGUGGCAUGAGCGCGUGCGGGAGGAAGGCUCUGACCCUGCUCAGCAGUGUGUUUGCAGUAUGCAGUCUGGGGCUGCUGGGGAUAGCCGUCAGCACUGACUACUGGCUAUACCUGGAGGAGGGCAUCAUACUGCCGCUGAACCAGACCACUGAAAUACGCAUGUCAAUACACUCCGGCCUGUGGAGGGUCUGCUUCCUCGCAGGUGAGGAGAGGGGCCGUUGUUUCACGAUUGAGUAUGUGAUGCCCAUGAGUGUUCAGCUGACCAGUGAAUCCACCAUCAGUGUUCUGAAGAUGAUCCGCUCUGCUACACCGUUCCCACUGGUCAGUUUGUUCUUCAUGUUCAUUGGUUUUGUGCUGAACAAUAUCGGACACAUUCGGCCUCACCGCACCAUCCUGGCCUUCGUCUCUGGAAUUUUCUUCAUCCUGUCAGGUCUGUCUCUGGUGGUGGGUUUGGUUCUCUACAUCUCCAGUAUCAAUGAUGAGAUGUUGAACAGGACUAAGAGUAAUGAGACGUAUUUCAGCUAUAAAUACGGCUGGUCAUUUGCGUUUGCUGCCAUCUCCUUCCUGCUCACUGAGAGUGCUGGUGUGAUGUCUGUGUACCUGUUCAUGAAGCGUUACACAGCAGAGGAGAUGUAUCAGCCGCACCCCAGCUUCUACCGGCCGCGCCUCAGCAACUGCUCGGAUUACUCGGGUCAGUUCCUGCAUCCUGAAGCCUGGACGCGCGGACGCAGUCCCUCAGACAUAUCCAGUGAUGCCUCGCUGCCGAUGAAUGCCAGCUACCCCGCACUGCUCAAAUGUCCCGAAUACGACCAGGUGUCCUCCUCGCCAUGCUAAACAACAAGACGGGUGUACAGAUAGAAGCAGGCCCGGUUCUAAGGGGGUGCUCAAUUUAUGCACCCUCAAUUGAUGACCAGGGCAAAAUACUACCCGCCAUGUCGAUUUAUUGUGAACGUUUUUCAAUUGAAUGUGUAAGACUAAUACUGUAAAUUGGCAAGCAGAUUUCCUUGAAUCCCAGCAAACACACAAAAUCCCUCCACUUUGUGAACGCACAAUUGCUAAAUCAAAACGUAUUAACAUGCAUCAUUUUGCAAAUCGGUAUGUCCUAAUCUGCAGGCGACAGAUCAUGUUAAAAAAAAAAAUCAAUAAAGCAAUAAAUGUUUUGUACAUUAAAAUCUGUUAUUUACAUUGAUCUAGUAGCAUUUAAACAUGAACAUUUUAAUUACGAUACAUCUCCACUUUAUACAGAUCACCGCCACUAUUCUCAGAAGCACUCUCAGUAAUUUUGAUCUGGAACUGGGCAUGAAUAGACGGAUGGACAGAAGAAUAUGCAGUGGAUGGAUGGAUAGACAGUAGUGUGUGUAUAGUUAAUGUUUGGGUUGUGCAAUAGUUGAAGUUGUUCAGAACUGAGUUUUACAUAUAUUUAAUGUAUAAAUAUAUAUAUAUAUUUGCUGUCCUUUGCUUUAUAAAAGGGAAACGACUGAUAGAAUGUAUGAUCAUAAUUUUCUUAUUCUGCUCAUCCAUUUGUUCCAGCAGGUGGCAGUAUAGUAUUCCUCUCUGGAGCGUGCACCAUGACUCACACACUGGUGAGCUGUAUAUUAACAGUGUGCAUUAUGUUUCAAAUACAUUCUCAAUUGGCUGUAGAUUUAUGUAAAUAUUUAUGGUGCUUAUCAAUAUGAAUUUUAGAGAUUUGCUGUUGAUACAAGAAACAAUGAGUUGUAAAUGUAGCCAUAGAAAACUAUUGUUGAACUUUAGUCUGAAAUAAAUUUGUAAUGUAUAUUUUACAAUUCAAUACCUCAUAUUAUACCCCAUAUAUAAAGUUAUUCUAAUAGAAAUCAAAAUGAUAUUGUUUUGAUGAAAUUAUUGUGAAAUAGGUGUAGUGAUUGUCUUGAUACCUAUAGGACAAAAUGAAUCUUAACAUCUAAACCAAUAUAUAUUAUUGUAGUUCAGUAUUAACUGAAACAUAUCAAAGUAGAAUCUUGACAUUACAUGUGUGAUCAUACUGUAUAUCUGUACAUUGUAGCCCUUCAUAGCUCUCAAAAUAAUAUUUGUUUCCUUUCUGGUGUCAAUAUAAAUUGAUUGAAAAAAUCUUUAUAAACUGACAAGACUUUUUGUUUCUUAAUAUUUGUUUUGUUUACAUACAUUUAUCAUGGUGUUUUCAAACCAUUUAUGCACAAUUCUAAGUGCAAUGUAGAACACAAGUCAUUUGUAUUAUUUGUGUGUGCAUGCAUCUGUAAUGCUGCUUUUGUAAAUGCUUUCCAUAGCUGUUAAAUGUUCUCUAUUGAUAUUUUGUAAAUGUCAUUUGCACAUGUUUGUAUAUAUUUAGCAGCUAUUAAAAUCCAUUUUAGUAAUGGGAGGUAUUAUUAUGUAGUAUAAAUUUAACAAAAACAAAGUGAUUCAAUCUCUGUUACCAGAU